GCGGUACGAAUUUGACGUUCGCCGAUGGCUACGACGACGCUGCACUCUGGACUGAGCCACCCCGCGAUGCGGGCAUGGACCGAGCCGACGCUCCAUGGGUCGCAGCUCAUCUACCCGCUCUUCAUCACGGCUCGCCCGGACGACAACCCCAUCCGCGGACUCGAACCCAACGUGCAGUGGGGCAACCGCAACAACUACGCGACCCUCGUCGCACACUUGGACGGCCUCGUCGCGAAGGGCCUGCGCAGCGUCAUGCUGUUCGGGGUCGUGGACAACAAGGACGCCGAGGGAUGCAUGGCGGACGACCCGUCGACCCCCGUCAUGGAGGUCAUGAAGGUCCUGCGCACCGAGCUGCCGUCGCUCCUCGUCGCGUGCGACGUGUGCAUGUGCGAGUACACGGACCACGGCCACUGCGGCCUGCUCCGGACGUCGCUGGACGGCGAAGCGAUCAUCGACAACGCGGCGACCGUGGCCCGGCUCGGCGACAUCGCGCUCGCGUACGCCAAGGCCGGCGCGCACAUGGUGUGUCCGUCCGACAUGAUGGACAACCGCAUCGGCGUGAUCCGGUCGACGUUGAACCAGCACGGGUUUGCGCACGUCAGCAUCAUGGCGUACACGUCCAAGAAGGCGUCGUGCAUGUACGCGCCGUUCCGCGACGCAGUCGAGUCGACGUUCAAGGGGGACCGGAAGCGGUACCAGCAUCCCGUCGGGAGUGUGUCGCAUGCGCUGCUCGCGUACGACCGCGACGUGGCGGAGGGCGCCGACACGGUGAUCGUCAAGCCGAGUCUGUUCUACGCCGACAUUGUGCGGACGCUGAGCGACAAGAAGCUUGUGCCGGUCGCGUGCUACGUCGUGUCGGGCGAGUACAAGAUGCUCAAGGACUACGGCGACUCGACGGGGUCCAUGGACGCGGUCGUGCGCGAGGCCCACUUGAGCCUUGUCCGCGCUGGCGGGAGCAUCCUGAUCACGUACUUUACGCCGUUCAUCUUGGACCGCCUUGCCGAAUGGUAAAGACGCGAGGCAAAAGAAGUAGCGUCGUGUGUAAAGUUGAUAUGAGGUCUAAGGGAGAAGAGCUUUCAACGCUGCCA